CAGCAGCUCCGCAGGCCCGAUGAAGUGCAUCGGCAGCUGCCUGGCCCCGUUCCUCGGCGCCGUGCUGUUCGACGCGCUUGGCGCCGCGCUCCUCUUCGUCGGCAUCUUCGGCGACGUGCGCGCGGGCGGCCGCUUCUACGGGGACUUCUUGAUCUACACCGGCGCGCUGGUGCUCUUCACCAGCCUGGCCUUAUGGUUCAUCUGGUAUGUGGGCAACGUCCGGGUGGCGGAGGACUACGGCGGCGGCGGCGGGGGGAAGAGGAGCUUCGGCGGGGGGAGCGUCGCGCGCCUGGCGCGGAAGCUCACGGAGCGGCUGAGCCAGAAGCUGAAGGCGGAGGAGGCCCGCGUGAAGUACUUGGACGAGGAUAUGGAGGAUGGAAGGGGGGGCGGACAGGAGGGCACACCUGUACCUGCGCGCGAGGCCAGCCGGGUGACGUGGGGCCGGUCCACGGCGUACCACAACGAGGGCUACGAGGAGUCCGUGGACGGGGAGCCCGAAGAGGAGGAGGAGGAUGAGGAAGAGGAGGAUGAAGGGUUAUGAAGGGGGAAAGGAAAUGAAGGAUUUUGUGGCGCCUGAAGGACGUGAGAUGAAACCCAAAACCCAGGAAGUAACAUUUGACUCCAUCCCACCUUCUGACUCCUCGGUGAACAACAACAACAACAACAACAACAUGGUUUAAAUGGACAGCAGGGAUUCUUGGAAAUUAUAUUUCUCGGCACUUUAAAUCGGGAGGCUUCUUCUUCUUCUUCUUCUUCUUUCUGUUGGUUCACAUCGUGUCUCUCUGCUGUCGCCUGAUUGGUCGAUGUAUUAUAAUAUAUAUUUAUAUUACAAAUUACAACAGAUUAUAUUUUAAAGCUUGAACUGAUGAAGUGUUUGUGGUAUAUUAUAUUUUAAAGCUUUAA